AUGAGGUAUCAGCACGACAUCGACAACGGGCUGCUGUCUGUGCGAACGGCUAUCACAAUCAUUUCAUGCGUCCUUUUGACUUUGUUCUGGAUCAUUCCGGUCACGGCAAUAAUGGGGCUCGCAAAUCUCCGCGCGCUUGCUGAUAUCACCAUCCGCGGCGACCAGCCUUUCUCGUUCUUAGAUAAUGUCUCUAACUGGUCCCCAGUCGUCACCGGUUUGAUCGAGUCGCUGCUACCCGCCAUCAUUCUGUCCGUGUUCCUAGGCCUUGUUCCAACCUUCCUACGCAUGUUUGUUUCGGUGUCACGAGUUGGUUCCCUUGGCAAUUUAGACAACACUGUCAGGGAUUGGUACUUUAACUUUGUGACAUUCUCAAACUUUUUGUUUGUUGCACUUGCAGGCACUCUUCUGAAUGACCUGCAACAGAUUAUUUCAGACCCGAGCUCCACCAUUGAUCUCCUGGCGACUGCCGUUCCAAAGCAGGCCGGCUUCGUCAUGAACUUUAUUCUGUUAAAGGCGCUUUCCGAGACGCCACAACAGAUCUUGCAAAUUGGACGGGUUGCCGUGCGGUGGAUAAUGCUCAAGUUCCUCGCCCGGACAGCGAGAGAGCGCAGAAAUGUCGAGACUGGAAACACAAUAUUCGUGUAUCUUCGCUACUAUGCCAUGGCACAGCUCAUUGCUCUUCUUGGGCUGAUAUAUAGCACAGUCCAGCCCUUUGUGAUUAUCGUAUGCUUUGCCUACUUUGCCAUCAACUACGUUGUCUGGAAAUAUAACUUGUGUUAUUCUAUGAAUAACCCUUACCACGACGGCGGAAGCAUGUACGGCGGGGCAUUGUACGGAGUGUGGGUUGGACUUUUCGUCCACCUGCUCACGAUCAUGGGGCUAUUCGGCCUUAACAAGAAGCCUGCUCAAUGUGCAAUAUCCGUCAUACCCCUUGUCUUUUCUAUCCUGUUCAUCCGAAAGUGUAAGAAAAGGUAUGCUCGCCUUCUGAAUCAUGGAUCGGGUGUGCAUACUAUACAGCAUAUCCAACAAGAGGACAGCGAAGACCUGAUUCCGACAAGCCUGGCGAAGACUUACGGUCAUCCCGGUUUUGAACCUCUCCCAGAAACCAUUGAAAACCUGAACGGUAUGGGACUCAACACGGGAGCAGUGCGGUUCAGUGAUGCGGACGAUUUUGAUGAUACAUUAGUUCGCAUUGAAAACGGAGAAGAGCCAGCGGGCGAGAGUCCCCGUCCCUCAGCACAAUCUGAAAGUGAGGACUGGAAGGAUGCGAUUCUUUUGGACAAGAACCAUCCUAACCAGUUUUGCAGUUUUCGGUGA